CAGGUGCAGCAGCAAAACGACGCCAAAAAAGCGAGAAAAAUCACAAGAAAAUGUUCGUCACAUUAGAUUAGCCUGCUCGCUCACUCAUACUCACGACGCCAAGAACACGCCGUGCCACCGCCACAGCCAUGGCAACCUUCCUGGGGAGCUCCCCGGCCUUCCUCGCCCGCCCCGUCGCCAAGCCGCACCUCUCCUGCGCGCAGUCGUCGCGCCCGCCCAGCGCCCAGCAGCCGCCGGAGCAGCAGCCGCCUCCGCAGGUGCAGCCACAGCAGCAGCCGCAGCAGCCCAUGCAAGCCCAGUCGCAGCCUCCACCGCAGGCGAAGCCGAGGCGCGCGCCGGCGGCGGACUCGACGGACUGGGUCGCGUCGUCGCUGACGCGGCGGUUUGGCAUCGGGGCCGGGCUCGCGUGGGUCGGCUUCCUGGCCUUCGGCGUCGUCUCCGAGCAGCUCAAGACCCGCUUCGAGGUCGCGCAGCAGCUGGCCAACACCAAGGACGUGGAGCAAGAGCAGGAGGUCAUUCUUCCUAACGGAAUAAGGUACUACGAGAUGCGAGUGGGCGGUGGCGACGUGCCGCGGCCGGGGGACCUGGUGGUGAUCGACCUGCAGGGGCGGGUGGCCGGCGGCGAGACGUUCGUGGACACGUUCGGCGACGGCAAGCGGCCGCUGGCGCUGGUGAUGGGGUCGAGGCCGUACACGAGGGGGAUGUGCGAGGGCGUGGAGUACGUGCUGCGGUCCAUGAGGGCCGGCGGCAAGCGGCGGGUGGUCGUCCCGCCGGCGCUCGGCUUCGGCGAGGACGGCGCCGACUUCGGCGCCGGCGCGCAGGUCCCGACCGGGGCGACGCUCGAGUACGUCGUGGAGGUGGACAAGGUGUCCAUCGCGCCGGCGUGAUCAACGACGCGGCGCGAGCGAAUCGAACUCGCGUUGUCGGCGGCUCGGUGGUGCCGUCAGCCAUAGCUUCUGUAGCUGCCUGGAGACAACUUUGCAACAUAAAUUUCACGAGCGUUUCGUAUAAAAAGAGACUUCGUAUUGUUUACUCGAUUUGUUCGGAUAUAAACGAGAACAUUUUGGUUUUGGCACUA